AUGGAUCGACCCCUGGGAAACGGUAGAAAGAACCCAGGUGAAAGCGCAGCUCUUCAACAUUACCGCACCGAAUUCAACACGCUUUGCAUACGGCACGCAUCGUUGAGGAAACAGUUAUUAGAAGCUGAGGAAAAAACCGCAGAGCUAAACGACCAACAUUCCAGAAAGAUUACUAGCCUCCAACAAGACUUUGAGCAACAGAAAAUGAUGCUGAUGGCAAGAAUCAAGCAGCUUAGCAAAACUGUCGAUGAAUAUCGCCUGAAAGCGGGAGAAAAUCUAAGUCUUAAAGAGCAAGUACGAAUUAUGUCCGAAGAAAUAUACCAAAAGCAUAUGCCAAACUCUGCGUCGUUGAGUCAAGCGCUUCUGCGAGAGCAAAUCAAGGUCCGGUCGCUGGAAAUGGAUCAUCAGCUGGCGCUUAAGAAUCUUCAGGAUAACAUCUCUGAGUUACAAAGAACCAACGAAGGCAAAGAUUUCGAGAUAAAACAACUGACAGACGAAAAUAAGUCUUUAUCUCGAAGAUGCGCAGAAGCAGAAGAGCGACUUCAAACUAUCAAAAGAACGGCGAAAGCAAGGGAACGAGAUUUGGAAGAAAAGUUAGUUCAUCUGCAGGUCUGUUGGGAUGCAACGAAAGAAGAGUUGAAAGAAAACCUUAUCGAAAAAGAUAGGCAGAUACAAAGAUUGACAAAGACGGUCAAUACUUUCGAUGUUGAUAGUGCAAAACUGAAGGAUUGGGAAAACUCUCGGAAAGAAAUGGAAAUGAAAGCAAAACGCAACAGAGCUGCCUUAAGAACUGAGUUCAAUACUCUGAGGGGCUCUCUGCAUACUCAUGUUCUUCUUCACGUUGAGGUGAGAUUACUGUCGAGGAACAAAGUAGUGACCCGAUUGCUCAAUCUGCGCCAAGAAGUCAGGUUAUUCUUCCAGCAGCAAAUAAUUCCAUCUUCCAUGAUCUCUUGUCCGACAAUGAUCGGCUAG